AUGGCGUUGAUAUUUCAAGAUUAUCAGCAAGAUUGGGCUGAGUCAGAAGACCAUCGCAAUGAGGAGAAGUACCAAGAACUUCUUCUCCAACUAGCAGGUUUUUUGCAAAAGGCGCCUUCAGAUCUACUGGGAACCGAUCUUUUACUUUGCACUCGUCCUUUCUUAUUCUGCUGGUUGCUUCGCGAACUGUGGCCUAAUGGAUUUCAACAAGUGCCAAUGCUGCACUACUACAGCGGUCCCCUGCUCUUCGACACGACACCAUCACAGAAGCAACCUGUCUUGGAGGCGUUUCGGCAAACUGUGCUGACGUCUGAGCUGGAUUUGGUGGUCUCCUCCUCCGUCUUGCAGAGCGCCUGGAUUUUGUCCAUGUCCGGCCUGGCGGUGCCCCACGUUCGUCCACACGCCACGCAACUUCGUGGCCUCUACCAGCCACGGGAGGCAAGCGGGUCAGGAGAUGAGAGUAGGCUGACCACAGACUUCGAGCUUUGGUCCUGCGGAGCACCUGGGCCACUCGGCUCCGCAUGGGCGCCAUGGGUCAACUCCAUCAUGGCCCAGGCCUUUCGGAAUCUCUUGGCUGUGAUGCAAGAAGGUUCAUUCGUUGAUUUGGAAUGGCUGGUCUCUGGCAAGUUCCUCUCGUACGAAGAGAUUGCCAAGUUCCAUGCAGCUGUUUUCUUUCCGGAGCAGCCUGACAAACUCACGUUCUGGGAGCAAUACGAGAUGGCAAUGCCACUUUGGCUUCCCAGCGCGGAGCUUUGGAGCAAGAUCCAUGCCAUCGGCGAGUUUCGCUACUCGGUCUUUGCGCAGCGCUGGUUUGCACAACUGACCAGGGAGAACCCGGGAGAAGAGCAUUGCCUGCCGCUGCCUGUCUUCUUCCACACGGAUGCUGCAAGUGACCCCAUUUCUCCCCAUGCACCUCGAGCCGCAUUGAGGUUUCAGUUGACGGAUUACGCUUUGUUCCCUCACCUACAGCACUUUAGCUCAGCGGUGAGUCUCAUUCAUCAACUGUUGACAGCGGAUUUCAUGGCGCUGCAUGCGUCUAUGGUCCGAUCCUCAGACCCACAGACAAAGAUUAAUUCGACACAUGGGUCGCGUCGCAUGGGUCGCGUCGCACGAGGUGGUUGCUUUCCGCAGAGGUCCGAUUUGGACACCCAAAAUCGACUGAAUGAUACGAAAUGGCUAUUUAUUGUGGGUAGUGUUAGCAUCCACGAUUAG